UUGGUUGGAAGGGGUGGGCUCGACCCUUGUCGGAGGCUGAGCCCAAGAUGGCGGCGUCUGAGGCGACUGGCCGGUACAGGAGCAGCAUGAGCAAAAGCAAGGACCCUUCCGGCCUGCUCAUCUCCGUCAUCAGGACUCUGUCCACCAGUGAUGACGUUGAGGACAGGGAAAAUGAGAAGGGGCGCCUGGAAGAAGCAUACGAGAAGUGUGACCAUGAUUUGGAUGAGCUGAUUGUUCAGCACUACACUGAGCUUACUACUGCCAUCCGCACCUACCAGAGCAUCACGGAGCGCAUCACCAACUCACGCAACAAGAUCAAGCAGGUCAAGGAGAAUUUGCUUUCCUGCAAGAUGCUUCUGCACUGCAAGCGGGAUGAGCUGCGCAAGUUGUGGAUUGAAGGCAUUGAGCACAAGCAUGUCUUGAAUUUGCUGGAUGAGAUUGAGAACAUCAAGCAAGUGCCCCAGAAGCUGCAGCAGUGCAUGGCUAGCAAGCACUACCUCACGGCCACGGAUAUGCUGGUUUCAGCAGUGGAUUCCCUGGAGGGACCCCUUCUUCAGGUGGAGGGACUUAGCGACCUGAGACUGGAGCUUCACAGUAAGAAGAUGAAUAUGCACUUGGUGCUAAUAGACGAACUUCACCGCCAUCUUUACAUUAAAUCCACCAAUAGGGUUGGACAACGGAACAAAGAAAAAUGGAAACAAAGUUUGCUUGUGAAGGAUGCCUCCCCUGUGCCUCUGCUCGAUGUGACUAGCCUGUCUACUCCUCGCAAGUACCUUGACUCCUCUCAGUUCAGCACUUCUGGAAGCUCCAGUGGGAGGGAUAUUAGCUUGACGGAGAUCAAGGAAGAUUUAGAGAUGGAUCCUGAGGAGAACAGCUCUAUCUUUAUGGGCAUCCUCAUCAAAGGCCUGGCCAAACUGAGGAAGAUUCCAGAGACCGUGAAAGCCACCCAGGAUCGCCUGGAGCAGGAGCUGAAGCAAAUCGUCAAGAGAUCUACCACUCAGGUGGCAGACAGUGGUUACCAGAGGGGAGAGAACAUAGUCCAGGAAAACCAGCCGAGAUUACUUCUGGAACUCCUGGAGCUUCUCUUUGAUAAGUUCAAUGCUGUUGCUGCUGCUCAUGCUGUUGUCCUGGGCCAUCUUCAGCAGACUGUGGCUUCUCCCUCCAGUCAGUAUGAUGGCGAUAUCAAGUUAUAUGACAUGGCGGAUGUGUGGGUAAAGAUUCAGGAUGUCUUGCAGAUGCUGCUCACCGAGUACUUGGAUAUGAAAAAUACGAGGGCAUCUUCGGAGCCAUCAGCUCAGCUUAGUUAUGCCAGCUCAGGACGGGAAUUUGCAGCAUUCUUUGCAAAAAAGAAACCCCAGAGGCCUAAAACCUCCCUGUUCAAGUUUGAAUCAUCUUCCCAUGCCAUUAGUAUGAGUGCCUAUUUGCGGGAGCAGAGGAGGGAGUUGUACAGCAGGAGUGGUGAACUUCAAGGAGGACCUGAUGACAACUUGAUAGAAGGCGGUGGGACGAAGUUUGUCUGCAAGCCAGGAGCCCGAAAUAUCACAGUCAUCUUUCACCCGCUUCUGAGAUUUAUUCAAGAGAUUGAGCACGCUUUGGGACUCAGCCCAACUAAGCAGUGCCCACUCCGGGAAUUCCUCACCAUGUACAUCAAGAACAUCUUUCUUAGCCAAGUCCUGGGAGAAAUCAACAAGGAAAUUGAAGGAGUCACCAAAAUAACCGAGCCCCUGAAGAUACUGGCCAGCGCAGACACCAUGAAGAUGCUGGGGGUGCAGAGGCCUCUCUUGCAGAGCACAGUGAUUGUGGAAAAGACCGUCCAGGACCUCAUGAAUUUGAUGCAUUACCUGAGCGCCUACUCUGACCAGUUCCUCAACAUGGUAUGUGUCAAACUCCAGGAAUACAAGGACACCUGCACUGCGGCCUACAGGAGCAUUGUUCAAUCUGAUGAAAAGCUGGUCAUCAGUGCGUCUUGGGCAAAAGAUGACGAUAUCACCAGACUCCUGAAGUCUCUUCCAAACUGGAUCAACAUGGCCCAGCCCAAGCAAUUGCGACCGAAGAGGGAGGAAGAGGAGGACUUCAUAAGGACCGCCUUUGGCAAAGAAUCCGAAGUGCUCAUUGGGAACCUGGGUGAUAAACUGAUUCCCACGCAAGAGAUUCUCUCUGAUGUCAGCGACCUGAAGGCCUUGGCCAAUAUGCACGAAAGUUUGGAAUGGCUCUCCAGCCGUAUGAAGGCAGCUUUCUCCAACCUUCCAGUGGCACAAAUGUCACCUGGCCAAGAUGGACAUGCCAACAUGGAUCUCCCUCCAGUGUCCGAGCAGAUCAUGCAAACCCUCACUGAGCUGGCCCGGUCCUUCCAGGAAAUGGCUGACCGCUGCUUGCUGGUUCUGCACUUAGAAGUUAGGGUUCACUGCUUCCACUAUCUGAUCCCCUUGACUAAGCAAGGAAAUUACGCCAUUGUUGCCAAUGUGGAGAGCAUGGAUUAUGACCCCCUGGUGGUGCGACUCAAUAAGGACAUCAGCUUCGUUGAAGAAGCCAUGAGUGCCAGUCUUCAGCAGCACAAGUUCCAGUAUAUCUUUGAAGGUUUGGGCCACUUGAUUUCCUGUAUUCUCAUAAACGGGGCCCAGUACUUCAAGCGCAUCAGCGAAUCUGGCAUCAAGAAGAUGUGCCGAAACAUCUUUAUCCUUCAGCAGAACCUGACCAACAUCACCAUGUCACGGGAAGCAGACCUGGACUUUGCAAGGCAAUACUACGAGAUGCUGUACAACACUGCAGACGAGUUGCUGAAUCUGGUGGUGGAUCAAGGAGUGAAAUACACUGAGCUGGAGUACAUCUAUGCCCUGAGCUUACUGCACCGCAGCCAGACUGGCGUUGGGGACCAAACCACCCAGAACAUGAGGCUGCAGCGCCUGAAAGAGAUAAUCUGUGAGCAGGCAGCUAUCAAGCAAGCCACCAAGGACAAGAAAAUCACCACGGUUUAAUUUAUGCCAUUGUGGCCCCUUUUGCAGUAGAGGAGGGUGAGGGCGGCUAGCCAGAGGAGCUUCAUGCUUGCUUGCUUGCAGCCAAGAAGAAUUGCAUUGUUCUGGGCAUUGCAUUGUUAAAGCGGGGGGGGGGGGUGUUUUCUAUUUGGGUCUUACGCCCUUUUCAUGAAAAUAUUAUCCAUUGGUUUUUUUUGGGUGGGUAUGGAUAUGGGUAUGUGGCAAGAUGAGAUUAAGAAAUGUCACCAAGAUGAAAUUGAAUGCAAAUGACUGGUGUAUCUGUCGCUUUAGAACUUUGUUGGAUUUAGCUGGGCGUGAGGGAGGGGAGUAGAAAAAGGAGGGGUACCUGUUGUUCACUUGAUCUAGUUGGAUCCACGGCAUUGAGAAAGACUGACAAGUAAUAUUGAACUAAAAUUCAGUUCUAGCUGUGAAAAUGAGAGGGGCGGACGUAGCUGAGAUUCCUGCCCCCUUCCUAUCAAGUGGUAUUUGAUUGUGCCAGUACUAUCAUGAUACACAGCUGCCCUUAUUUCCAAGAUUCUCCUUUUCCCAGGUAAGCUGCAGGUGAAGCUUGUCCACCAUCUUGAAUAGCAUUUAACUGGUUUGCAUGGGAAAGGGAGAGAGUGCCGGAUGCCACAUGGCUCCACUGCUUUGGAUUUAUACCAUUUCCCAUGGUAUAUAGCUGGUUGUCUGUAUCAUCCAGCCAAGCAGUGAGGAAACGUUUGUCACUCCUUUCCCCCCCAGGAUUUCAGUUGGUUGUGGAAAUAUUCUCUGCACCACUCAGCAGUCGACCAGCUCAGAAAAUGCUUACAUGCUUACUCUGUGGUACGUUACCACUUGAUUAAUACAGAAGACCAUUUGCCAUCCGUAACCAAUAUCACUGGGUCUUCCUGGAGAUGCUGGCUCUAAAUCCGCAAAGCUCAUUAGCUAUCUAAUAGGGGAUCAUUGGUUUCUUUCAAGAUUUUUCUCUCCCGUUCAAAAGCGGAAGUUGGAUUGUUACAAAUUUCUUCAGUGGCUGCAACUCAAGGACACUUCUUACAUUACAGCAAGAAUGAGAGGUUGUGUUUGCUCUAACAGAACACACUUGAUCCAUGCAACACAUAGGUAGCUAGUUCUGCAAGGGAGGCGUCUGCUACCUUUCUUGGCAGUGGUGGCUGUAGGACCAUUGUGUGGUCAGCAGGGCAGACUCCAAGCUGUCAUUGCAAGAAUAUCGGUUUGCUGUCCUUCAGGCUUCAGGUUGAGCACAACUAGGUCAAAGAUGAUGUCUGAAAGUUUCCAAGAAACCUUUCUGUAAAGGUUUGGCACAUCACUGCCACAAGUAGCUCAGAUCUGUUCUUAAUAAUGAGGUUUGCAUAUCACGUGAAACCAUGGUUAAACAUAAACUGUGGUUGCCGUGAAUGAGCAGCAUGCUGGUUCACGCUGCUCAGAAGUCUGCUUUCAUUCUCACCCCCUCACCCUCACCCCCGUUCCUUCUGUCGUUGUACCAAAGAGGAAAGAAACCAGUGUCUUGCUUUGCUUUAUGUGUGAACCAGCACUUGUGGUAUGUUUCUCACCAAACAAACCAUAAAUGGAAGCCAUUUCCCCCCUAGACUUACCACUCAUGGUUUGUUUAAGGGAACAAACCCAGUGCAACAGCCACAGGAGCAAAAACUUUUGAACAGCUUGCACCAAAAUGCUGCUCAUUCAUAUUAAACCAUGGGUUUAUUUAAGCUAUGGUUUUGUGUGCUUUCCAAACAGGGGGCCAAUGUCACAUUCUGGCUAUUGACUUAGGUCAGCCAUCUCACUCCCCUUCACCUUGGAAAGCCUAGAAAUAUUGUCUGCUUCUCUAUAACCUUUAUCGAAAGGGAGUCAGGUCAGAGGGGAGGGGAGGGGCGAUAUAAUGCUGACAUUGCGGGUUUUGCCCUUCACUGCAGGACAGGCUGUGUUCUCUCCUCUUCGCACAAGAUUGCACACUCCCUUUGCCUACAGCUUGAAGUUGCCCUCUCCAAGCCGGUUCUUUUCCCUUGCUGCUUACGUUGCUUUCCUCUUGGUUCGACUGGAAAAUUAAAGGAUAAUUUUGGAGCCCUUAAUUACUGUACAGUGGUUUGCUUGGAUGCACUGGUACUCUCCAAGGCUUAUUCAGCAACCUCCGUGCAAUGAUUUUUAAGGAAGUUGCAAGUCAGGCUUUGAAUUCCCUGAGGAGGUAAGAAUUUUCCCCACCAUCCUAUGAACAGCAACCUUUCAGGCAUGAAGAGGAGAUGCACUUAACUAAGGUCACAGGAACCCAGGAGGUCCCCUGGAAGAUAUCGCCCUGCCUGUUCAAAAUGGCUCUGGGCUGUGGGUGUCUUAGUGGUGAAACUUAAGAACAGCUCGCUCCAAACUUCAACAUUUUCCCCAACCCUGCCUGCAAGUAGCAUGUGGAAGAAACCCAUAAAAAAAUCAUUUGAGUUCUUAAUCCACAGGAGAAUAACGCAGAAUAGGAUUUGGCCAAAGACAGUGAAAUUAGAUCUUACAAGGGAAAUGCAGAGUUUCCAGGCCCAUAUUUCCCUUCUAAUGCUAAUGGGAUGAGCAGAUGCUUGCGAUACAGGAUUGGCAAGAUGGAUGGAUGAUCAUUCUCACCUUCAAGUACCCUCAUGCCAUUUUUUUUUUAAAAAAAAGUUUAUCUCCAGCUGGAAAACCUGAAGUAAAUUAUUUGGGGGGGGGAACUGUCCGGGGGGAAUAUCUGUGGUAGGUGGAAAGGAACCAGCAGGUGCGGGAGGAGGGGUUAAGCACCACCAUCCCCUGUAAGUGCCUCCCCCCCCACACCCAUGCCUGCAUCUUUCCAUUCUUGUUAACUCAGCGCAAGCAAAUGCAGUCAAGGAGGACUACUGCCCAGGUCUGCAUAGGGUGCCAGAAGCAGAGGCCACUGAAAGGAAGGAAGACACAAGGUGCUUUUUUUCUCCAGUCCUUGUAUGCACACAACCCUAGUUCCAUGAGAGUUUCUCCCUUGAGAUGCUGUUGGCACUGGAUCACACCAUGAAGAAUAAAAGUACUUGGGCUGGGGAGAGGGAGGAUGAUGUGAACUGAAAAGAUCCUGUGUGUACGACCUGAGACAAAUUAACUUGUGCAUAUUCUAUAUUGGUUUUGCUAUUAAAUAUUAACACAUGUAUA